ACAAUGGCGCAAAAGUGUGUCCGUCAGGGCUGCGGCAAAGAGUUCACUGACCCGAACGAAAAGUGCCAAUAUCACCCCGGUCCACCCAUCUUCCACGAGGGGCAGAAAGGAUGGAAGUGCUGCAAGCCGCGAGUCCUAACCUUUGACGAAUUCAUGGAGAUCCCCCCCUGCACAACAGGCACGCACUCCACCACCGAGAAGCCCCCUCCGGUCGAGGAAGGGCCGCAGCAGUUCGACGAGGCCGCCCUCGCGCAGAAGAUCUCAGAGGCCAGCGUAUCCGCCCCGACGCGGCGGCCGAUCCAGCCCGCGCAGCACGUCCCCACGCCUCCGCCGCCGCCCCCGGACUCCGAGGACGACGACCCGAGCUUGGACAUUCCAGACGGGGCCGAGUGCCGCCGCAAGGCUUGCAGCGCAAAGUACAAGAAGGGGUCUGCGAGGGAAGGGGAGAAGUGCGUGCACCAUCCUGGCGUGCCCAUCUUUCACGAGGGCAGCAAGGGGUAUUCGUGCUGCAAGAGGAGGGUGCUAGAGUUUGACCAGUUUAUGAAGAUUGAGGGGUGCAAGACCAAGGACAAGCAUCUCUUUGUCGGCAGUGGGAAGAAGGACAAGGCGGAAUCAGGCAGCGAGGAAAUACUCACGACAGUCCGACACGACUUUUACCAGACCCCCACACAGGUCAUCGCAUCGCUCUUCCUCAAGAAGAUCAACAAGGACACAUCAAAGGUCGACAUCAAGGAAAAGGAAGUCGACCUCGACCUCACGACCAGCGACCCGACACCGAAGCGAUACACGGCGACGUUCCCGCUGUACGGGACAGUCAACCCGGAAGGCUCGUCGUUCAAGGUCCUCGGCACGAAGCUGGAGCUGCUUCUCGCCAAGGCUGACGGGGCUUCUUGGCCGGUGCUGCGGAGCGACGAGCAGUUGACGGGCGAGAUUCUGCAGGUUGGCCGGGCGGGCAAGGUGUAG